UUACCUUCAAGGCGGAUUAAAGUUGUUUUCUCCCACGAAAGCAUCAAUACAAUAUAUAGUUACACUCGUUAAGAAAAUCCAGAUCUUUAUAGUAAAAAUUGUUUUAAAGCGUACGUCCAAGUGGAGGGGAUAUCCAGUUUUCUUCUCAUCCUAUCAUACCAGCAAGACUUUCGCCUUCAAAAAUUUGCAUGACAAGAAGAUCAAUUUUCUAUUUGUUUUUCCAUUUUAUUUAAAUGUCCGCCGAGCAGAUGGUGGGGAAUUCCAGUUUUGGUUCUACUCUCUAUAUAAUAUAUAAAGACUUGAUUUAUUAUGUAGUUGAACUGCUUUGCGGGGUUUCGCGUGUUGAGAUAGUACUGUAGAAGAAUUAUUAUUAUAAUGAAAUUAAAAGUAUUAAACUUCAUUGUGUUUACCCUAACGUAUGCAGAUGCCCAACUCUUGCUUUUACCGCCAAUAUCUGAAGCUAUACUUUCAGAAAAUUCAUACGAGUGCUCCUGUGAUUUUAUUUACGACGAGUACGAUCCAGUAUGUGGAAGCAACGGACUGACUUACUCUAAUCCUUCAUACCUUUAUUGUGAUCAAAAAUGCAAAGAUCCAAACUUAAGCGCGUUUCGCAAGGGUGCAUGUUCAGAGGAUGCAACAAAGCUUCCUACUUCAACAAACGAUAACUGGACACCGUAUGAGAGAAUGAAAAAUUUCAACAGAUGCAACUGUCCAAAAGCCAUAGAAUAUAAUCCCGUUUGCGGAACAAACGGAAUAACUUACGACAAUCCAGCGCAACUGCAAUGCGAGAAGAAAUGCCGGCAGCCACAGUUAAAUAUAGCGCGUUACGGACUCUGUCGCGAAGAGGAAUAUUUCAAGGACCCACUGCCCUUUUUCACAGACGCUAUCAAAAGAUGCGACUGCAUUUACAGAAACGAACGUGACCUGGUUUGCGCAACCGACGGAUAUACUUAUCCCAAUCCCUCGACUGUAUCUUGUGUGACGAGGUGCAAUAAUCCAAGUUUGCGUAUCGUCCAUUACGGCCGUUGUAGGGAGAAUCAGAAGCCGCAUAAUUACGGUGCUGUGAAAUGCAAGUGUACUCCCUCUUCGGAACAUUAUCAACCGAUUUGUGCAGAUAACGGAAUCACGUAUGACAAUCUCUCGCUGUUGUACUGCGCCCGAGAAUGCUUGAAUCGAAAUUUGAAAAUAGUGUCCGAGUAUCCUUGUCGCAGUUAUUUGAAUGUCGAUGAACGCAAGAUUUAAUGGGUCAAGAUUUAAGUGUUUCAAAAUCGUUUUUAAUAUCGUCCACAAUAAUUUUUAAUAAUUUCUUUGACAAUCGGCUUUUACUACAGUAAAAUAAAUGAAUAAAUAAUUAUGUUUUACAUUUAAUAUUAUCUUAUUAGCGAUUUGUACUUUUAUACAUAAUAAAUAAUUAGAGAUAAAAUAAUCUGUUUAUGUUCUUACGUUACUUCUAAUUAUGAAAAGAUACAACAAACAAACUUUUGUAUACAUUUCGAUAUAUCCUUUGUGCGAGAAUGUCAUUUUACCCUUGUGUGAUAACGUUCGCACAUGAGCGAAUAGCCGGUGUGAAAAGGUCACGCAAGGCUAAAAUCACAUUUCUCGCACGAAAAAUAAAACCAUCACGUAAGCUUGUUAAAUCCAAAUAUAAUACACGUAUAAGCGGGGAUUUCACAUAUCCCCACGCGCUACUUCGUUUCGUUUGAAUGUAUAAAAGCCUUAUUUUCCCGAAGCAUUCAUUGGACUCGUGUCUUUUAUUUCUACGCAGUUAAUCUCUCGCGCUUCGCUCGCUAGCAUCAGCUUGGAUCAUCCUCGAAUAGAUAAUCGAAUAGAACAGCCUAUAUCAAGAUGAAAGUAGUACUUUUUUCGGUCCUCAUCGUCGUAUUUGCAUCGUGCUUCGUCCAAGGAGAGGCUGCGGCAUUAGAUGAAGGUGCCGGCGACUGUCCUUGUGCAGCAACUGCAAAUAUUUACUAUGUUUGUGGAAGCAACGGAGUAACGUACACCAACCCAUCGUUACUUAGGUGCGCUGAGAGGUGCACGAGACAGACUAUUACCAAAGUACACGAUGGAAAGUGCAAAUAGAGUCAAUGAAGAUCGACCUACAGAGAACCUUGAUUACGAAAAGCUUUAUAAAACUAUAGCGAAGACAUGAAAUUUGUUUAUGAUAUUAAACUUUAUUACUGGAAAGUAUAUACAUUUAUAUUGCAAUGGUGUUGCGAAUCAAUUAUAAUAAAUUGCCCAUGCAUUGAGACAUGA